UCAUUCUCAAUAACCCUAGCCGUCGUCUCAUCUUUCUGAUAAUCCUUUUUCAUUCUAUAUUUCCUGUCUUCGAAGCCUCUCUUCAAUCUUCUUCUCACGAUGUCUACCAACAUAUCAGACAAACCUUCUUCAACAAUCAAUAUAAAGCAUGCUGUCCCUUUUGUCUUGGAUUUGGAUCAAAUGAACUAUGAUAUAUGGAGAGAGCUGUUUGAAAUCCAUUGUAUUGGAUACGGUGUUGACGAUCAUCUCAAGCCUCCUGCUCAGCCUUCUUCUCAAACUUCUGACAAAGACAAAGAAAAAGAAUCAGUAACUGCCAAGGAUACAUGGCUUCGUAUGGACUCGAUUGUUAAAUCAUGGUUGUAUGAAACUAUAUCAAUUUCUCUUCUUAACAUGAUUUUUAAAAGACAGGAAACAGCGUUUGAAGUGUGGGAAAGCCUCGAGAAAGUUUUCCGUGACAACAAAGCUUCCAAGGUCAUCCAACUAGACAGAGAACUUCGAAAUAUUUCUAUAGGUACCUCCUCUGUCACUGAUUACUGCAAUAAGAUUAAGUCUAUAGCUGAUCGCCUGGAACAUAUGGACGCCAAAGUCUCUGAUACGAAUCUUGUCGCAUAUAUGAUAAACGGGCUGUCACCUAAAUACCGCCAUAUUGCGACAACCAUCAGGCACCGUGACUCACCCCCAUCUUUUUGGGAUGCAAGAUCUAUAUUGAUUUGUGAAGAACAACAGAUGCUCUUGGAUGAACAAAGAGAUGCGACUCUUACCCAUGUAGACCAUUCUUCUUCUCCAAAUGCUCUCACAGUUCAAUCAUCUCCUCAAAAUAAUCACACUAAUGGUGGUAGAGGAGGCUAUAACAGGGGUGGUCGUGGUGGUCGAUAUAACAGGGGCGGUAGAGGUGGAGGCCGACAUGGCGGUCGAUUUCAUAAUGGCGGUGGAAACUAUUUUUAUGGCAACAGUCAACAGCGAGGAACAGGGAGAGCGUGGACUUAUGGCUGGUUUCAAGUUCACCAGCCCAACGUUGGAUCUAUUCAGCAGGGCUUGUUACCAAACCCAGGUGGGGUCUCAAACCAGUCUAAUUUGUUUGGCGUUGGACACAAAAAUCAACCGACUCAACAACAGCCUAUGGCCCAACAACAUCAGUUUUUUUACUUCUCCUCAGCCCAACAACACUCAACAACAGGCUUUUCAGGUUCAACAACCUAGUCCGGAGCCCACGACUCUUCCACAAAUGUUUAACACGAUGACUCUAAACGAAUCGGGUCAAGCCGAUUGGUACAUGGACACCGGUGCCACAUCCCAUCUCCAUUCAAAUGCAGGAUUUUCACACCAAGCAAAUCCUCAUUCGAUGUGACAGCACUGGUGAUCUAUAUCCUGUUACGUUUCCAACCACUCAAGCUUUCAUAUCCGCAACUCCUUCAAUUUGGCAUCAACGUCUAGGUCAUCCCGGUCAUCAUAUCUUCAAGCAUCUUGUCAACAAUCACUUUAUUUCGUGUUCUUCUAAUAAAGACUCUCCUUUAUGUCAUGCAUGUCAAAUGGGCAAACAUGUUAAAUUGCCUUUUAGAUCUUCUAUUUCUGUCUCUCAUUUUCCUUUUGAUUUAAUACAUUCAGAUGUUUGGACA